AUGGCCUUGCCUUCAGCUUUGAGGGACAUGGCCCAACUCCAUAUAGCAGACCAACUUUCAGAUGUCAUGGAAACACAAAUGUCCACUGCUUUUACCUACAAGUACUGUAUUGAUAUUGCAGCAUGUCUAGUGUGCACCUGCUGGGCUUCCCUUAAAACUCCUGGAAAAGGAGGGCUGGGCUAUAGCUCAUUUGAUCCAGGUCACCUCGCCGGAAGGUCUCAGGCUGAAUUUGACAAAAUUGCUGAGGAGGUGAAGCACCUCAAGACCCAGCCAAGUGACGAAGAAGAGAUGCUCUUCAUCUACAGCCACUUCAAACAAGCCACCGUGGGUGAUGUAAAUACAGAUUGGUCCAGGCUUUUGGACCUCAAAGGCAAGGCCAAGUGGGAUUCCUGGAAUAAACUUAAAGAAACUUCUAAGGAAAGUGCCAUGAAAACCUAUGUGGAGAAAGUGGAAGAGCUGAAGAACAAAUACGGAAUAUAAAAGACCA